AUGCCAAAUACACAAACAAUCGAGGUCCCUCACCUGGGUGGGAUAUCAGCCGCCUACCAAACAUCCGGUCCCGUGGAUUCCUCAAAGCCUACCCUUAUCCUGAUAAACUCCUUCACCACGUCCUCUGAGCUAUACCGCGAUGCAUACAAGAACGAAGCACUCACUUCGGUGAUGAAUUUGGUAGCUAUUGAGCUACUAGGCCAUGGGCAAACACGUGCGAAGACUGAGAACUGGACGUACUGGGACACUGCGAUCAUGAAUCUACAGGUCAUGGAGAAACUUGGAAUUAAGAAAGCGUUUGUACUGGGAACGAGCCAGGGAGGUUGGGUAACUGUUCGGAUGGCGCUAUUGGCGCCUGAGAAGAUCCUCGGCAUAAUUCCUCUAGGAACAUCCCUGGACUACGAAUCCCCCCGUUCUCGUGACCUUGGCUGCUGGCACGCUGUCGAGCCCCUUGCUGAACGCAUCACUGGCGAAUUCGGCACCGCAUCCAACAAGUCCACUCCCAACUUCUCCCCCAGCACCGAUUUCUGCAACUUCCUCAUCGAUGUGGGCUUUGGGAAGGAGGAGUGUCCGGAAGAUGUCCGACGCUUUUGGAAUGACGAGAUUAAGAAGAAUUACCAAGGGGAUGAGGGGAGGAGAAGAAUCAGGAUGUGUGCGAUUAAUUUGAGGGAUCGGGAUGGUUUGCAUUUGAGGUUGAGUGAUGUGGUUUGUCCGGUAUUGUGGUUGCAUGGAACUAGUGAUGUGGUUUACUCGGUUGCAAAUGCUAAAGAGGAGAUUCAACUCUUUACGAACUCGCCUGAUGCUAGGUUGGAGGUCAUUGAGGGUGGACAGCACUUUUUGAGUGCGUCGAAUCCCAAGGAGGUCAAUGAGCAUGUUGUUGCGUUCGUGAAGAAGUAUGGCAAGUAG